CAGUGAGAAAUAAUCAGCGCUCCGUCUCGCUCGGGCCGCGUUACCUCGUGCGACAUUCAUCCAAUCAUUGGCACUCUGGCCACUCAGACCUGCAGCCACCGACGGACCGACGCCGACCGAAGGAGCCACUCACACGGGGGUACCGCCUCCCCCUCCUCCCACUGUGACCAUCCCCCGCCCCCAGUACACCUCCAAGACCACAAAAAAUAACAGUUGACAAGUCAAUUAUUUUAGAUUUCCCUCCUUUUACUUCCUUUGUGCGCCUAAAUGCACGGAACCGCCCAUCGGGCCACAACGCCGCCGACUGUUCACCUUCCACCAACGGGACCAACACGAUUCCCAUCUAGUGGCGCGACGUCCACCUCCGACUUAAACGCUCCUGCUCACAUCUCUUCUUCUGCUACGACCACCACCACCAGGGAGCCGACGUACACAGCAACUGCAUCAGACGGCACCGCUCCAAUUGAAAGUUCCUCUGCCACGGAGUCGGCUAGGUUGAGGCUAGACGACAGGCGGUACUUAGAGACCUCAUCACCCAAAUCAGCUCAUCUCCCCGCCAUAUCGCAUGCGAGGGCAGGUCCCGCCCCCAUGUCCUCAUCCCACAGUGCUGGUAACCCCGCCCACGCCCCUGGUGGUCACCAGCAUCCUCAUCCAGGUCCCUCCGUCAGGCAGCUCUCAAAUCCUGCCUACGGUCCUCCCCCUCAAGGGCAUUACUCAUCGUCGAACGGCGCGGUCAUGCACUCCCAACUCGCGUACCCCCAGAACCCCGCAUACGGCCACGUUCAGGGACAACCGGCGUAUGGUCCCUCGACCGCUUCGCCGUCCAUCACAGCCGGCGCACCGCAGUUUGCGUAUUCUUCCCUCCACAGCCCCGUUGGCUACCCUCCCCCUCCCCAAAGAAUGCCCUCCCAAUCCUCGGCAUAUAACUAUACAAAUUACGGGUCUCCCUACGGAGCGCAAGUAGCGCGCGCUACGCAGUCUCCUACGGAAUUGCAGUCUCCAAUGGGCGGGCCUCCGCGGUAUCCUGUACAUCCUAGUCCUGCCGAGAUUCCAGCGUCGCAGACCCCUAGUCUAGGGCUGCCAAAGAACCGCAAGCGAAAGUCGAUGGGGGACAAGGGUGGUGAGAGUCAGGACGAUGAGGGCUCGCCGGGUGAGAUGACCCCUGGAGGCUCUGCCGCAGAUCGGGCAUCAAAGAGGACAAAGACGCAGAGGGCGUGUGAUCCAUGCAGGCGAAAGAAAAUCAGGUGUGACAUUCUGGCCGAAAGUGAACCGCCACAAUGUCAACAUUGUAAACAAUAUGGAUUCGAUUGCACCUUCUUCCUCCCUAUCACAGAAACGCGUUUCAAAAAGAAGAAAGAACUAGAGGAAGCUGCCAAGGUGAAGCAACUCACAGAAUCGCACCAAGAGGAUGACGACCCUGCAUCUGUUACGAAAGAAAGUCAGAUCAAGGGCGAUGUCAAAAUUUAUGGACCGACAUCCCUCCAUUACUUGGUCCACGCUACGAAUAACGUGCCCCGACAAGCCUUCGAUCGCUAUGACACUCGCUGGAACGUCUCCCUGAAGAUCGGGCCAAAAGGCGACGGGUUCAUCCAUGUGAAUGAUCCAGAACCGAACCCAUCUGACGAAGAGGGCGUGAAGAGAGAAUCGGAAGCGAUCAGGGAGCUCGACAGGGGCACGAUGGAAGAGCUCAUUAACCGGUUCUUCCUCGAAGUCUAUCCCUACUUCCCUAUCUUGACCAAGGAAGAGUUCAUUGACCAAGUGGAGACGAUCCCAGACGAGCGAUUCGUGUUGUAUGCUGUUGCGCUCGCCUCUGCGUCUCGGCGCGGUGUCUCAGAGGACCAGUUCGAGUCCCUCCGGUCAACGCUGAAUCAUAUCAUGCGUGGCCAAGAUACCUUGUCUGUCUCGAACGUUCCCAACGUCCAGGGGUUGAUGAUCAUGCAGCUGUGCUUUGACACGCAUGCUACGUACAUGACCCAGCCAGCGACAGCCAACUAUCUGCGAACAGGCGCUGCAAUCCGCAUGGCUCAGGAUAUGGGUAUGCACCGAGCAGAGUCUGGCGCGAUUAAGCACUAUCUGAACCGUCGACGACGUGUUUGGGCUUGUGCGCUCGUAGUGGACAGAUGGAUGGCAGCUGCUAUGGGACACCCGUACAUGAUCGAUAGGCUGGAUUGUGAUGUCCGACUACCUACUGAGGAGCCGUAUGAAGAGGGCGGCAAGGAGCGGCCUCUCGCUUACCUGGGGCAGAUGGUUCAGCUAUCUCUCAUACUAGGUGACGUCCUCAAGACGAUCUAUGGACCUACUGGGAUCGAUAAGGCUACUGAUGAAGAGUUGAACUCGAUCGUCAAGAGACUAGAUGACUGGAAGGAUAACUGUCCGCCCGAUUUUCAGUUUUCUGUAGACACCAAGUCGGUCCAUUCGGGCAUCUUGCAUAUGAUGCAUACGUGUAUCUCGAUCAUCUUCUGGCGGGUGUUUAUGCGCAUCACCUACCGCUGCCCGGUGCAUAUCAAGUUCAGCCUGACGGUCGAACGGUGGACAUCGCUUGUGAGAGCGUCUAAGGAUGCUGUAGCUUGGUUCUGCAGGAACCCGCAUACGUAUGACCUGUGGUGGGUCGUGUCGUAUAACCUGAUCUCCAUCUCUCUGUGUCUGUUUCAGACAUGGACAAGGAGGAUGGAUGUCCAGGCUGCAGAAUCUUUGAGGAACCUCCGGGAUGCCACACAAGGAUGUGAGAAUGCCCUGGGGACCGAGCAACAGAAGAGUCGCCGGAAGACCUCAGAGCUGAUAUCACUCUUGUAUGAAGCGACCCAGGGCGCUGCCGAGAAGGGCGAGAAGGCAAUCCUGAAUCCAACAGCGGGUGUGGCCCUCCGAGAACAGCCAACACCGAUGGUGUUCAAGAGGGAUUCCAGCCGACCCGGUGGUGGGGUGUACGUGCUCGACAAAGCGGCCGACUUGCAGAAACAUAAGGAUCUGCCUCCAGGCACAUUUUUGGUUGAAGAACGCGCUCCUGCCCGGCCAGCAGACGAUAACACCUCGCCUUCAUCACAGCAGUCGGGUCAUGCAGGGCCCUCGAUCACCAUGAACCCUGCUAGCUAUGCGGGAGACACUGCCGCUCAGCUAGACUUUAUCGGUGCCUAUAUGAAUCCGAUGCCAAAUAUGAACAUGGUUUCUCAGCAGACGGCCGUCAACAUUGUCACUGGCAUGGAGAACCUAAAUCCAAUUCUUGCCAUGUCUGACGAAAGCGCUCAACAAGUUACCUUGAUCAACACGCUUGGUCAGGAUCUAUCCGAGUUCGGAAAUGUCGCUAUCGGCGACGCUUCCCUCUUCAGUGGACUCCCAGGAAAUAUGGCUAAUUGGGCCGAGGACUGGGGCGUGUACUUCUCUUCAGGGAAUCGCCAGUUCCAAGACGGGUACCAUUUCGGCCCAGACCUUUCCAGCACCAGCCAAGCUGGACAAAAUACUAUGAAUAUGCAACAGCCUCCCACUCAGUAGGCCUCUGGAAUCUCAAGCCCGCCUGACGGUUGGUGGUAUCGUGGAAGGACGGUUAAAAGCAUUGCGUUCCGAAUAGCUCCCCCAUGUGUCGUUACUUCCUCAUGUAUCCGACUCACCCCCGUGUUUCUAUAGUAGAUAGCGCGAUGUCACCCGUCAUCCACGCAUGUAGUUUCGC